ACGAUCUCGCGCUUCAACAUCAUUGUCAUGUUGAUCACUUCCACGUCACGAUGUGGUCGACCUCAUCGUUUGACCCACAGUGAUCACGCACACGUGUGAAGGCUCGCUCACCAAUGUCGAGAAUCUGAACAACCUCGAGAGAAAGACAUAAAUACCUCCUCCUUCCUCCCCCUUGGAUUAGACUCAUCCAGCAUCCCAAUCAUCAACCUUCCCUUUCAAGUCUCAUAUCACAACUUCUUUUCCACCACAUCCAUCAUCAAAAUGGUUUCUUUCCGCAAGGUUUUCGUCGCUGCCAUGGCCGCCGCGCCUGCACUCGCUGCGCUCUCCCCAGCCCAGGUCGUCUCCAACAUCAAGAUGCUCACCCAGAAGUCGCAGGCUCUGCAGGCUCCAGCUCAAAGCAUCACCAUCAUUAAUGGUCCUUUGAUCAUCAUCGGCCAGGGCCCAUUUCCCCAGCUCAUCGCCGGAUUCACCGACAUUAUCAGCACCGCAACCACUUCCAUCGCGCAGAUGCAAGGUGACGCUCCAGUCACCAAGGCUGCUGACGCCACUGCCAUCUACGAUGCUUUCCGUGAAUUCGUUCGUGUUCACCAGGUCCUCCUCAACAUCCUUAUCGGAAAGGCUGGUCUCUUCCAAACUGUUCCUUUCAUUGGCCAGCCGAUUGCUGCGGUGCUUCGCCAGGUCGAGGGUGUCGUUGACACUAUCGCUUUCUCUCUCAUUGACGGCGUCGAGAGCCGUGCCGCUGACCUUCAGGGUCAGGCCAACAGCCUUCACCAGACUAUUGAGAUUGCUAUCAAUUCUUAUGAUGGCCUGUCCCUGUCCAAGCGCGCCCCUGGACCCAUCAGCCGUGUCAAGCGCGCCAUGGUCGCUGCUGCUGCCUAAACUGGACGUGAGCUGGACGAGAUUGAGACAACGUCGGGGAACGAUUGGUCCUCUCACUCAAACAGAGCUCGCCUCCACCGCAGGAACUCUAGUGUGGCACACCUAAGAUUGUCGGACGAUCCAACGUCCAAGGAACAUUUUCGUAAUUAUCGACAAGUAUUUUGUACGUCAGUAUCUAAUAGUAUUUAUUACAUACUCUGCCAAGCUAUAGCCUACUGUUCGUC